AUGGGUGACGGUUCUGAUUACCCUAGUCCACGAAGCGAAGGUCCCGGCGGACCUACAUCUGUUCUCGUCGCAGCUCAAGAAUCUCUCUCUCCCGCUCCUAAGAUGACCGAUCAACUUUCCCCCAACUUCAUGGAAGGGGCUCGUCCGCGACUGUCGGUGAGACGCGCGCGCGAUCCGCCCAAGAACGCAGCCGGCCAAAUCUACUGCGAUCACCACGAAUGCCACCAGGCCCCUCCGACGUUUCGUCGUCCCUGUGAAUGGAAUAAACACAUGGACAAGCAUGAUCGUCCCUACAAAUGCCUCGAGCCCGGAUGCGAUAAGAUCCAGGGUUUCACCUAUUCAGGUGGACUGCUUAGACACCAGCGCGAGGUGCAUAAGAAGAACGUCAACGCCAAGAAACCGCUGAUGUGUCCCUACACCGACUGCAAUCGCAGUACGGGUAAUGGUUUUACGCGUCAAGAAAACCUGAAGGAACAUUUGCGCCGUCGCCACAUGCAUCCCGAGAAUGGCCAUGUGUCCGAUCUCCCCAUUGUCCCCACGUCCGAGCUCGAUGGCACGGCUUCUCUUCCCCCAGCUCCUCCUUCCAUCAAGCGGAAACGUGAUUCUAUUGAUGAUGAAGACCCAGCCGUCGAAUUGCCCGAGGACGAUGAGGCAGAAGAGGAACAGAAUGGCGUGGAUUUGCGCAACGAGCUCAAAAGGUUGCGUCGCGAGGUCCAAGAGAAGGACCGCCGCUUGGAGGAAUUGGAAAGAGUUGUCUCCGGAUUGCAGCAAGCCAUCCCUCAGACUGCACCAGCACAGGGAUAG